AUGGAUUAAUAAUUAACUAAAAAACUAAAGAAGCAAUAGGUCUAGAAGGUUUAAUUUCAUUAAUUGCAUGAAUUUGCUGGGUUCUAGGUAGCCAAGGACAUUCAACCAAUAGAUUCAGAUCCUCAAAGAAGAAAACCUUAGUAAUUGACAUCAUAUCAAGCACAAAUUCGGCAACAAUCAUACAUGAAAUCCAAAUUUUAAUUGGUCUUACUUUAACAACCCAUCAGUAAAUAGAGACAUUCUAUAUUAUCAAAGAAGAAGUUAGGUGGGAUGAUGUGUAUUAAGUAAUUUACUCGACAACUCAAGAUAUUACUUGUCCUAUAUGUAUAAGCGAUCACGAUAUCAUAACUCCUUAUAUCACACCAUGCGGACACAUUUAUUGUCUUCCAUGUUAUCAAAGACAUAAAAUUCAAUGUAAAUUCAUGAUUCUUAAUAUUUUAGCAAAAUUUAAUUAAAAGUGCCCUCUUUGUGGAGAACUGGCAAUAUUGUCUGAUUUGAAAUCGGUUAAAAUUAUCAAGCACAAAAUUAAAAAUGUUGGAGACAUUGUACUUUUAAAUCAAAUUUAAAGAUAUAAAAAUGAAACAGAAUUAUAUAUUAAUGGAAAAGAAUCAAUCGUCUAUGCACGAACUUUAAUUGCCAAUGAAUCCUAUUUAUUGAAAAUUUUUGAAGAAGAAAUUUAAUAACUAUAACAGUAAAUAAUUAUCAAUAUUUCAGCUAUAUAGAGUUUUGCGAGACUGAAAUUUAGGAACCAAUUCAAUAAUCUAUAUAAUUUCUCUUAGAAAGAUAGGAUAAGUUACCAAAAAGGAACCUUGAUAAUAAACCUGAAAUUGUACUUAAAUCAUUCUCUUAAAAAUCAAAUGAAGUGAUGUAUAGAUUUUUUUAAGACUCAAAUGGGCUUUUAGGAUUUUUACAUCCUUUAUGUCAUAAAUAUGUUACUCUUUAAUUUGGAAAUGAUAACAUUCCUCAGCAAAUUGAAGCAUUCUUAAUCUAAAAAGACUAAUUUACUUAGAACGGAAAAACAUAAACUAAAUAUAAGUAAUUUCAUAUUUAAAUUCUAAGAUUUCUUUCUCAUAUUCCUAUAAACACAGAAUUCUAUUUUUACGAAAUAGAUUUAAAAUAGAUUUUAAAUGAAGAUAAUUUUAAGGAAUAUUCACGAGAAGUAUAUUAUAAAUAUAUAUUUAGAUUUCAGAUUUUAGGGAAAGAUAGAGAAAAGAAAAAUUACGACAAGAGGAAAAAUUUAAUUAAAUUCAAGCUUAAUAAAUUUAAAAAUAAUAUAUAAUGGAGAAUGGAGGAGAUUAUACUUAUUAAAAUUUAUAAGAAGAUGAAGUUGAAUUUGAUGAAUAAAAUUUUCCAGAAUUGCCAGGUGUUAAAAGUAUAAGUUAAUCAUAAAAUGAUGUACAAGAUAAAAGAGAAAUUGAUUAAUUAUAAUAAUAAUAAUAAUAAUAAUAAUAAUAAUAAUAAUAAUAAUAAUAAUAAUAAUAAUAAUAAUAAUAAUAAUAAUAAUAGUAAUAAGAGAUCAAUAUAGAUUUAGAAUCUUAAUUUCCAAGUUUAAAUGAAGAAUGUUCACAAAUUAAAAUUAACCCAUUUUCAAAAACUUGGGGUUUAUAAUAACAAAAAGCAGAAUAAAAAGUUGAAAUCGAGUAACCGAUUAAGAAAGAAACUACAAAUCAAGAAGUAGUCAAGCUAAGUGAUUUAGAUUUUCCUGUAUUUGUUAAAUAAAAAAAUAAAAAGAAGAGGCAAAAUUAAAGAGAGUGA